AUGGCCCGCGCGGAGCUCGAGUACGUCAGCGCGGGGUGCAAUCGCUCGGUCCACGCGGCGGCGUGGAACCGCGAGCGCGGCCCCGGCGGCGGACUCGUCGCGUACGGCACCCACUCCACCGUCGCCGUCUACGACCCCGCCGCCGCGCGCGUCGUCCGCACGGUGGGCAAAGCGCACGACGCGCCGGUCACGGCGGUGUCGUGGCUGGAGUCCGAUGAUGACGCGAGCGCGGCGGCCGACGGGGGCGGGCGCGGGCUAUGGAUGGCGAGCGGCGGGUCGGACGGCGCGGUGCUCCUGUGGCACCGCGUCGAUGAUCCGCGGGUGUCCACCGCGCACGAGUGGGUCGUCGUCGCGAGGGGCGCGCACGGCGCGCCCGUGACGGACGUCUGCGCGCUCGAGAUGCGCGGCGGCGGCGGGACGCGCGACGACGCAUCGCCCUCCCCAUCCUCCUCCCCGUCCUCAUCCUCCGCGUGCAUCCGCGAUUCGAGCGGCGUCUACCUCCUCGCGACCGCGUCGCAGGACUGCACGGUCAGGAUGUGGCGCGCGGACCUGGCCGCGCUCGCCCCGCGCCACCCCGCGCCGCCCCCGACCGCGUCGACGGACCCCCCAUCGGACUCGGGCCCAAACUCGGACGCACCGCACUCCGCUUUUCGAUGCGUAUGGACGACGACGACGCAGCGCAAGGCGACGCCGACGUCGGCGGCGCUCGCGUGGCUCCCCGGCGCCGGCCCCGCGCGCGUCGUCGCCGCGGUGGGAUGCGCGGACGGCAACGUUCGGCUGCACCUCUGCGACGUGAGCGCGACCGAGCACGGCUGUGUCGACGCCGAGCACGCGGCGACGCUGGAGGGACACUCGGAUUGGGUUCGCGACCUCGCCUUUACGGAGGACGCGAGCGACGCGAGCGACGCGAACGACGCGAACGCGGAGGUGGACGGUUCGAACGACGACGGAAGCGAUCGUUCGCCCGGCCUGCUGCUCGCGAGCGCCUCGCAGGACAGAACCGCGCGGAUCUGGCGGGUAUCGCGAAAAGAUGGCGACGAAGUAGCAAAGGGCGCGGCGGAUGCAGCGGAUGUGACCGCGUCGUUCGCGUUCAUGCGCCUCGCGGCGCCCCCGAAGCCGCCGUCCCGGCUCCUCGGCGGCGGCGCCAGGCUCGCGACGCACCUCGAGGCGCUCCUGCAGGGCCACGACGAUUGGGUCCUCUCCGCGGCGUGGCGGCCGAACAUUGCGCCGACGGGGGGCGGAUUCGAUCAAUCGCGUAAAACCCGGCGAUCGAACCCCCGCCCCGAGCUGCUCACGGCGUCCAUGGACAGGUCCCUGAUCCUCUGGACGCCCUCGGCGUCGGGCGCCGGGGAGCUCGGGGGCGGUGCGGGGGGGUCCACGGUGUGGAUGGCGGACGUCUCCUUGGGUGAGGCGGCGGCUUCGUGCCUGGGUUUCUACGGCGCUGCGUUUGACGCAGUCGGUAAAAGCGUCCUGGCGCACUCGCACGGCGGCGCGUUUCACCUGUGGACGAACGCGGAGGUCGACGGAUCGAACCCCGGCGGGCGCGAGUGGACCCCGCGCGCCGCGUGCACCGGGCACGUCGCGGACGUCACGUGCGCGUCGUGGGAUUCGCGCGGCCGGUGGCUGCUCACGGGAUCGCGCGACAUGACGACUCGGCUGCACGCGAAUUGGAACGGCGGGGUCGACGACGUUGACGAUUGCGAUCGGGGGUGGAGGCAGCUGGCGAGGCCGCAGGUGCACGGCCACGCGGUGGCGUGCGUGGCGGCGCUACCCCCGAACGAAUGCGAGGUGGACGGUUCGAACCCCGGGCGCGAGUGCGGAUCGAUCGUCUUUGUCAGCGGGUCGGACGAGAAGACGCUCCGGGUGUUUGAAGCCCCGGGACCGUUCCUCGGGACGUUGGCCAAGAGCCUCGGUAAAAGCGGUAAAAGCCGGGCCGUCGCCGCGCUCGAAGCCGCGGCGGUAAAAGCGGGGGUCGACGCCGGCGCGGAGCUCCCCGCGCUGGGCCUCUCCAACAAGGCGACGCGAGCCGAGGGCGGCGCGGACAUCGCCGGCUCGGAUCCGAUCCCCCCGCCGACGGAGGAUGGGGACGAAAACGUGGGCAGCGUGGUCCCCGCGGUGCUCACCCGCCCGCCCCCGGAGGAGGUACUCGCGCAGGCGACGCUCUGGCCCGAGACGCGCAAGCUUUACGGUCACGGCAACGACCUCGCCGUCGUCGCCGCGCAUCACGCGGGGAGGCUCGUGGCCAGCGCGAGCGUCGCGCAGAGCGCGGCGGCGGCGGCGAUUUGGAUGUGGGCCGCGGGCGAGGACUGGCGGCCGCUCGGUAAGCUCCCGGGCGCGACGCUGGACGUGGUGGCGCUGGAUUUCGCGGGACCGUGCUCCGGGCGCGACUGUUUGCUCGCGGCGUCCAGGGACAGGCACGUCGCGUUGUACGCCCCGGUGAACCCGUCGUCUCAGGGUUUGGGGGUUUGGGGCGACGCCGGGUGGACUUUGGUCGCGAGGGUCAAGGCGAGCGCCAAGGCUCUGUACGACGCCGGGUGGGCGCCCGGCGACGCGGACGCGUUCGCGUCCUGCGGCCGGGACAGGCGGGUGAGGGUGUGGAACGUGAACCGGCAGGUCGCGGGGUCGAUCCCGGACGUCGUCGAGGAGGCGGCGACGCUGCCGGUUUUCGAAUCCGCAGUCACCGCGUGUCGGUUCUCGCCUGAACGGACGACGAAGGGCGGCCUCCUUUCGCUCGCGGCGGGCACGGAGGAUGGGGGCGUGUCGUUGUGGGUGGGGGAGGGCGCGACGUGGACGAUCGCGGUGCGCGUGGCGGCGGCGGACGCGCACGUGUGCGCGGUGCGCGCCAUCGCGUGGCGGCCCGACGGUGGGAGCGGGCGGGGCGACGACGACGAGGAGGACGACGAAGGGGAUGAUGGGCCGUCGGAUGUGUCGGGGACCGGCGGGGCGGGGCUGGGCGUCGCCACCGCGGGCGCGGAUCACUCCGUCCGAAUCUACCGCGUGAUGCUCGAGUGA